AUGCCGCUACUCUAUGGUGAAGGCGACCGUGCAUUCUUGAGGCUCCAGGAAGAGGUUUCGAGCUCAAUCAAUGACCUUAGCAUUUUUGCAUGGAGGAAGUCGCUCCCUGAACAGGUUUAUUACGGCGUGUAUGCCACAAGCCCAGCCGACUUCCGCGAGUCAGGAACAGUCGAAUUAACUAGCAGCACCAUGUUUAUGCCCGAGUUUUCGGGAAGCAACAAGGGUAUCCGAAUACAAACCAACAUUGUUCAUAGAUCACAGCAGGCCUACAUUCUGAAGUUGCAAUGUGUCGAGACGAGCGGCAAUGAAAGGAAGCAAAUCGGCAUAUGGAUCAAACCCCACGGGGGCGGACUUUACAGCCGUGUGCGAGCAGGUGAAUUUGGGGCCGAGUCGGCGGAAGACACGUCGAGUGUACAGCUACUCUUUCUAUGCAAAUACCUCAGCCCUGCUCGCUCACGCGAACUCCAAGGUAGCCACAGCAACGCCCUCAUGAUUCGCAAAGGAAUCAACACCAAGACGCGCACCACCGACGAAAGCUUUCCCUUCGAAGUGACCAUGUGGCUCCCUCAAGACGAAUGGGACUCGCAGCGCUGCAUGUUCAUGAAUGAUGGCGCGGCCGACUUCGCCGCUUAUGGCUACUUUAAUUGGCGGCAAGAUGUUGAGCCCAUCGAUGACAUGCACAAGGGUCACAGCUUCAUGCUCAUACUGGGGAAAACAGCAGAAGAGUCGGAACCGUGGAUAAGUCUGGCUUCUUCAUUAGAGGACAGUAGCAAGAACUUGACGGCAUAUAUGGGAGACGCGACGAAAAUGGUUGCUGCCGCGCGAAAAUUCGACCAGGAACGGACAUUAGUGUUGAGAGACAUCUGGAGAAACGCGUGCAAAGCUGUUUACGUAUCUCUGAAGAAGACAAGGGUUGACGGGGAAGAGGUGUACUGCAUCGAUUUGACGUAUGGAAAUGCACCGGAGGAGGCGAAGAAAGAUAAUUCGCAAGUGCCGAAGGAGACGGGGGAUGGCAGCACGUCAAGAAAGGGCGACGUAGGCGGCCCUAUAUUGAGUCGCGUCAUGGGAUCGAGGCGGCCUGUGGUAACAGCUGAAAUUGAAGCGUGA